CGGGGAAAGUCUGACCCGGGUUAGCUACAGUAGUAGAUAGCAUGUGGGAGUCGAUACACGCCCUUCGUUGUGACUUCUUGUGCCUCCAAUGUACACAGAGCGAGCGGACCCGGUCGAGGUUAUAAAGCUUACUAGAAGGCCUGCAAUCGGGGAAAAGUCACUGGAGUUCAUCCAUGCGGACAUAGCUACCUGCUGAGCCUGCGUGCG